CAUUCCUCACAACACGGAAUUUCAGGUCCAUAGAGAUUAGAUCCAAAGAAAUUUCCCAUUCUUCGAAACCCUAAUUACGCGUCCUUACUGCUUCGAUGGCCACUGAAGAAGAUGCAACUGUCGUGGUUGAGGUCGCUGCCGAACCAGCGGAAGACAAGCCAGCUGAUACGAAAUCGAAACCGGGCAAGGCAAAGAAAGCCAAAGAGCCUAAAGCCAAGAAGGCACCAGCUUCUAAGAAGCCUCGAGCUCCUGCUGCUCAUCCUUCUUAUGAAGAGAUGAUCAAAGAUGCGAUCGUUAGUUUGAAAGAGAGGACCGGUUCAAGUCAGUACGCUAUUACUAAAUUCAUUGAAGAGAAACAGAAGAAUCUUCCUGGAAAUUUCAGGAAGCUUUUGCUCUUCCAUUUGAAGAAGCUAGUUGCUGCAGGGAAAUUGGUUAAGGUUAAAAGUUCAUUUAAGCUUCCGUCGGCGAGGCCUUCGAAGACGGAGACAACUGCUUCUGCUCCGGCGAAGAAGAAGCCGGCAGCCAUUAAGGCCAAGUCGAAACCUCCUGCGAAGUCCGCGAAGAGUGCUAAACCAGCUUCUAAAGCUCCAGCAAAGACAAAAGCUGCUUCGAAGCCGAAGUCCAAAGUGGCGGCUAAACCGAAGGCUCCCGCUAAGGCUAAAUCUACUACCACAAAGACAAAGGCCGCAGCGGCAGCGAAGCCGAAAGCUGCGAGCAAGUCUAAGCCCAAGCCUGCGAAGAAGCCAGCCAAAGCUUCUAGAACUUCAACAAGGACGUCUCCAGGGAAGAAGGCCGCCGCAUCUAAAAAAUCUCAGGCGAAGAGUGUAAAGCCAAAGAGCAUUAAGUCACCGGCGAAGAAAGCCACUCCGGGGAGAGCUCCGUCGGCUAGGGGAAAGAAAUGAGAUUGGAGUCGGUAGGGGAGGUGUUGUAAAUUAGUGCAGUUGAACAUGGGAUCGUAAUCUUUUCCUUUUUAAACCCUUCUUUAUUUCCUUCCUAUAGUUUUUUAGUAAGUUUCUGAUUUCGUUGAGGAUUGUUGGGAACAGAUUUAGAUAUAAUUUUCAGUUGAUUGUAU